AUGUUAACUGUCAAUGACACCAAACUCCAAUCUGCAGUGUUCCUUCUCACUGGGAUACCUGGGCUGGAAGACGUCCCUUUCUGGAUCUCUAUCCUCUUUUGCUUAAUGUAUGUUAUUUCGAUAUUAGGAAAUUCAGUCAUUCUGUUCAUUGUAAAAACAGAUCCAAGCCUCCAUGAGCCCAUGUACAUUUUCCUUUCCAUGUUGGCCAUCACAGACCUUGGCUUAUCGAUAGCCACCAUGCCAACGAUACUGGGCAUAUACUUGUUUAACUCUAGGGAGAUCAGCCUCAAUGCCUGUUUUGCUCAGCUCUUCUUUAUCCACUCGCUUGAAUGCAUUGAAUCCUCUGUGCUGUUGUUGAUGGCCUUUGACCGCUUCUUCGCAAUCCAUGACCCACUGAGAUAUGCUUCCAUCUUAACUCUGCCAAGAAUAGCCAAGAUGGGGUCGGUGUUUGUGCUCAGAGGUGUAGCUGUAGUAUUCCCGCUCCCCAUACUCCUGAAACGGUUCCGAUACUGUCGAGCCAAUGUCCUCUCCCAUUCCUACUGCCUGCACCAGGACAUCAUGAGGAUGGCUUGUUCGGAUAUCAGAGUCAAUAGCAUCUAUGGCUUGUUUGCUAAACUCUUAACAAUGGGGUUGGACUCACUGCUCAUCUUCCUCUCUUACAUGAUUAUCUUCAAAACAGUGCUGAGCAUUGUGUCCCACACGGAGUGCCUUAGGGCCCUAAACACAUGUAUCUCCCACCUCUGCGCCGUUCUGCUCUUCUACACGCCACAGAUCGGCCUGUCUGUGAUACACAGAUUUGGGAAAGGAUCUUCUCCUUUGUUUCAGAUUCUUCUGGGUUACAUGUCUCUGCUGGUUCCGCCCCUGAUGAACCCAAUUGUGUACAGCGUGAAAAGCAAACACCUUCGUGCGAGGAUAAUCAGGGUGUUCAUCAAGUGA